GCUUUCCUUAGGUGUGCUAAGAACUCUCCUUCCGCGUCCUUAAAGAAUGGAGUUUUGCGCAUGCGCAAUACUUUCCUGUCAAAGCGUCUUCUCUGCGCAUGCGUAAUACCUUCGCUCUCCUUCUGUCUUUCCCCGCCAAGCAGAAAGUACUAUUCUUGUUCCCACGUCUUGUUGACAUUCCCAUAAAUAUGUACGCCUGUGCUAAGCUUGUGUCUAACCCAGCUCUGGUGAGGAGUGGAGUCUGUCUCCUUUCUCGACCAGUUUCCGUCCCAUUACUGAGCUACACUGGAUUGAGGACUGAGCAGCUAAUGUCUGUUCCAGCUAGGGGAAUCCAAAGCAGUGUAACAUGCAGGGACAUUGAUACUGCUGCAAAGUUUAUCGGAGCUGGUGCUGCUACCGUAGGUGUUGCUGGGUCAGGUGCUGGUAUUGGAACAGUGUUUGGCAGCCUUAUUAUUGGAUAUGCAAGGAAUCCUUCUCUGAAACAACAACUCUUCUCUUAUGCCAUCCUGGGUUUUGCCCUGUCUGAAGCUAUGGGACUGUUCUGUCUUAUGGUUGCUUUCCUCAUCUUGUUUGCCAUGUAAAACAAUAGUCUCACCAGAAUAUAUUUGUACUAGAGCUCUGUGCUGAGGUUAGAUGCCUCUUUACUCUGCUGCUGUAUGAUCUGAUGUUCCUGGGGAAUAAAUAUUAUAAAUACA